AUGUAAUUUAAUCAAAGAUAACUUUAUAUUCCUAUUGGAAUUUUCAAUUAAACCCUUUUGUGCAAAAUUUGUAACGAUCUCACAAUAGAUCCUGUUGAAUGCGCUUAAUGCGAAAACCUUUAUUGCAAAGAAUGCUAUGAACUAUCUAAAUCAUCAUAUGAUAAGUAUUAUUAAGUAUGAUAGUAAGAUGCCCAGAAGAAAAUUGUGAUGGACCCUUUCAAACUAAAUAGCCUCAUCGCAUGAUAAGAGAUUUACUAUCAAAAAUAUCUUUUAAAUGUAUAAAUCAUAAUGAAGGAUGCAAAACUGAGAUGGCUUAAGAUAAUGUAAUUAAACAUAUGUCAUAAUGUCUGUAUCAAUAAGUUACAUGCAAAUGUGGAUAAAAUUUUUAGAAAAUGAACUUAGAAUCGCAUGUAUGUCUUUAAGAAUAUUAAGAAAAAUUUGUGCUUAUUUUAGAAAACAUAAAAUUGUUGUAUUUGUUAAUAAUCAUUAACACUGUCGGAUCUAAAGACUCAUAAAUGUCUCUUUGAACUCUAAAAGAUUAUCAUAUAAUUCUAAGAGAAAUUUUAGGAUUAUAAGGAAUAGUCUAAUUAUGCUAUUCUAGAAAUAAAAAAUUAAUAGAAUUACAGUAUUACUGAAAUGAAUUCAUCAAAAUAAUAGCUUUUAGCUUUAUUAGAAGAAAAUAAAUAAUUAAAAAAUGAAUUAUAAAUGAAGUAAAAGAUGUGUUAAGAAAACCAGGAAAAAAUAAAUUCAGCAAAGGCUUAAAUAGAAAAUUAAUAGAAAUAAUAACAUGAAUAUUAAUAACAGUGGUGGUGGCAAUAAUAUUAACAAUAAUAACAACAAUAAUAGCAACAGUAAUAACAAUAGCAAUAACAACAACAACAAUAAUAAUAAUAACAACAAUAAAAUUAACCUAUUUCUAAAGGAGAAUUGAUUGAUAGCAUCUAAACCUUUUGCGAAAAAAAUCAUAAAUUAAAAUUUUGGAAAAAGCCUUUUGGUGAGGAAAAAAAAAAAAUAUGCUCGAAUUGUUUAAAGUAAAACACAACUUGUAGAUAUUUUUGUUAACAAUGUAAAAUUUUCAUGUGUUUCAAAUGUUAUUAUCCUGAAUUAAAAUUUGAAAAAUAACCACAAUAACCUUAGUGUCCUGCCUUACAUUAUUUGCUUCAAAUAACGGAUAAUUUUAGAUGUUCUGUCUGUGAUAAAAAAGGAGAGGACAUGAUUUAACCAAUUGCCUUUUAAUGCAGCUAUUGUGACUUUAGAAUAUGUAAAUAGUGCAUCAAAAAUAAAAAAUUUUAGGAAAUUUAAUGA